AUGGUCUCCAAGCUCCUUCUCCUGACUGCGGUGCUAUCGCAGCUCGUCCAGGGCCAUCUCAUUCGCCGAGAACCCAUUGACCAUGACAAGGUCGUGGGAUUUCCUGAGACAGUUCCCCCCGGAGCCACAGGCGACGUGUACAAGGCGUAUCAACCGCUGCUAAAAGUGGUGAAUGGAUGCGUUCCCUUCCCCGCCGUGGAUGCCCAGGGAAACACCAAUGCCGGCCUCGACAUCACAGGUGCGACCAAUGGCGACUGCUCCAAGAGCGAUGGACAAGUCUACGUCCGGAGCGGCAAGUCCGGCGGCAAGUAUGCACUCAUGUACUCGUGGUACUUCCCCAAGGACGAGGCUGGGCCCGGAAUGGGACACCGCCACGAUUGGGAGGGUGUGAUUGUCUGGAUCUCUGACCCGGCCAAGACCUCUGCCGACAAUAUUCUUGCCGUGUGUCCGUCCGGCCAUGGCAAAUGGGACUGUUCGAAGGAUGGCUACAGCCUCCAGGAGACACAUCCGUUGAUCAAGUAUUACAGUAUUUGGCCGGUGAACCAUCAAUGUGGGCUUACUGAUGAAGUUGGCGGCUAUCAGCCCUUGGUUGCUUAUGAGAGUCUCCCGGAGGCUGCCCGGAAUGCGUUGGAGGCUACGGACUUUGUUAAGGCAAAUGUGCCAUUCAAGAAGGAAAAUUGGGCUGAGAAUUUGGGAAAGGCUACAUUCUAG